AUGGCGCAAGCUUACGCAUAUACCGUCUAUCGCGGUACUUUCAUUCAGACACCUCGUCUCCCAGAAUCUACCGCUAAGCCCAAGAUCGAGCUUGUCCGCAAUCGCGGGGCGCUGUGGGUGUCUUCUGCAGACGGUCGAAUCAAAGGCUUUGACUGGCAGGCUUGCGAUGAUGCCUCCUUCAGGGAAUUGAUGACCCGCAAUGCAUGGGUUGAUGUAGACGCACCUGAAACUAAUGGCUACGGUGGUAACGAGGUCAAGGUGAAGAUUGUCCACGCGAGCGAGGAGAGGAAUGAAUUCUUCUUCCCAGGUUUUAUCGACACACAUAUUCAUGCACCACAAUUCCCCAACGUGGGUCUAUUCGGCUCCUCGACUCUGCUCGAUUGGCUGGAAACUUAUACUUUCCCCGUUGAAUCGGGCUUUGGAGUCCAAGCGGACCAACCCAAUGGAGAUGCCAAGCUUCCUAAAGAUGCACCCCCAUCUGCACUGCGAAUCUAUGAUCAAGUCGUUGCACGUACACUGUCUCACGGCACGACAUGUGCAUCAUACUUUGCCACGAUCCAUGUCCCAGCGACAAAUGUACUUGCUGCCUUGUGUCACUCACGCGGGCAGCGUGCGUUCAUCGGACGCGUGUGCAUGGAUAACCCGGACUUCUGCCCUCCUUACUACAAGGACCUAUCAGCCGAUGACUCCCUGAGCGCAACGAGAUCGAUGAUUGAGUAUAUCCAUGCCCUUGACCCGAAGGGUACUCUGGUUAAACCGAUCCUCACUCCACGGUUCGCACCGACUUGCACCCGGCCUGCUUUGGAGGGACUCGGAAAGCUAGCAGCAGAGUUCAACCCGCCACUGCACAUCCAGACUCAUAUCUCUGAGAACACCAACGAAGUCGCGCUCGUCAAGGAACUAUUCCCCGAAGCAAAGAACUAUGCAGAUGUCUACGACAGGUACAACCUUCUCACUAAGCGGACUAUCCUGGCUCAUGCUGUUCAUCUCACUCCCGACGAACGCAAUCUGGUUCGCCGCCGGGACGCAAAGAUCUCCCAUUGUCCGGCCUCAAACUCGGCUCUUGGAUCGGGAGUUGCCCCCGUUCGCAUCUUCCUUGACGAAGGCAUUACCGUUGGCUUGGGCACAGACGUGAGCGGUGGCUAUAGUCCCAGCAUCCUCGAAGCUGCGCGUCAGGCUUGUCUCGUGUCCAGACUGCUCGGCCAUACGAAGUCUUUCUGCCAGCCGGGAAUCAAGCAUGCCCACGAGAACGGUGACGCUGAUAAGCCCACUCUCGGCCGUGAGAAACUUUCCGUCGAAGAGAGUUUGUACCUCGCAACUCGUGGCGGCGCCGCGGUCGUGGAUAUGGCAGAUGAUCUCGGCGGAUUCGACGAGGGGAUGAUCUGGGACGCACAGCUCAUCGAGCUCGGUGCUGUCCGAGAAUUGAGCGAGAACCCAUUCGAGGUGCAAACGAAUGGUGCUUCAAGUCUGGUGAAGACUGGCCCAGUUGGUAACGUGGAUCUCUUUGGAACGGAGACGUGGGAGGAGAAAAUCCACAAGUGGGUUUGGAGUGGUGAUGAUCGUAAUGUCAAGGCUGUUUGGGUCGCUGGACGGCUGGUCCAUUCGAGAUCUUAG